AUGGGUGUACCUGCGGGUAAUGCUGAGAAUGGAAAAAAAAUAUUUGUACAGAGAUGUGCCCAAUGUCAUACUGUUGAAGCUGGUGGCAAACAUAAAGUAGGUCCAAACCUUCAUGGCUUCUUUGGACGUAAAACCGGCCAGGCGCCUGGUUUCUCAUACUCAGAUGCUAAUAAAUCCAAAGGUAUCACAUGGGGUGAAGAAACACUCUUUCUAUACCUUGAAAAUCCAAAGAAAUACAUCCCUGGUACCAAAAUGGUCUUUGCUGGUCUGAAAAAGGCAAACGAAAGGGCAGAUCUCAUUGCAUACCUCAAGGAAGCUACAAAGUAA